CGAGGCUAGCCUAUUUAUUACUACAGUUGAAUCCCGCCACAACGAAUACCGCCACAACGAAAUUUCCGCGACAACGAAUAAUUUUUUAUUCCCCGCGAGUAUCCUAUAAGAAUUAAUGGCCUAAAUUUCUCUGCACAACGAACCAUUUUUGCAGAGCGUUUCCGCUUCAACGAAAUUUUCGCGUUCAAAAUCGAAACCGAAACUAGUUUUAUUGGCGAGAAGUCCAAGUCAAAUCCAAAGCCACAUUAAGCAUGAAAUCACGUGAUUGCAGUUCCGCCAUUUUGGCUUUGUGUCGUGGUCGCGUUGUUCACUCGCUGCCUUUCUCUUCGACAACGACGAGUUUUCAUCCGCAGGACACGAUGGCAACGCAAGUGAAAAAACGCAAAACUCUUUCCCUUGAGCAAAAAGCUCAAAUAAUCGCCCAAGCAGAAAGCGGAAGGAAGAAAGCGGCAAUUGCUGAAGACUUCGGAAUUCCUGCAAGUUCGCUGUCAACGAUUCUAGGCAGUAAGGACAGCGUGAGAAUGGCACUUGCUUCAGGCACAUCCUCGAAGCACAAAAAGGUGACGCGGCCCCUCCAUGAAGAGUUGGACAAAGCAGUGCAUGCGUGGUUUGUGGAAGCACGAGCCAGCAACGUCCCCCUGUCCGGAAGCAUCGUCCAGCAGAAAGCCUUGAACUAUGCAUGCCUACUUGGCAUUGAUGAUUUUAAAGCCAGCAUUGGCUGGCUAAACCGUUUCAAGGCCCGCCAUAACAUCGUUGGAAAAGUGUUGUGCGGCGAGUCAAUGUCAGCAGACGUGGACGGAGCAGCUGCUUGGAAGGCGAGUAACAUGGCCGGAAUUUUAAGCAACUUCGCGCCUGCAGACAUUUACAACGCCGACGAGACCGGGCUAUUCUACGAGAUGUUGCCGGCUAGGACGCUCGACUUCAAGGGGCAGCGCUGUCACGGCGGCAAACACAGCAAAAAACGCAUCACAGUGCUGCUUUGCACAAACAUGGAUGGCUCGGACAAGCGUCCGCCGUUAGUCAUAGGCAAAAGUGCCAAGCCGCGCUGUUUUAAGGGAACUCGUAGCCUACCUGUGCAGUACAAGGCGAACAACAAGUCAUGGAUGACCCGCGCUAUUUUCACCGAGUGGAUGAUGGCAUUCGACCGCGACAUGAAGCGGCAGGGCCGUAAAGUUUGCUUGCUUUUGGACAAUUGUUCAGCGCAUCACUCCGACGAAGUCAAGCUCACUAACACGGAGCUGAGGUUUUUCCCUCCCAAUUGCACGUCUGUCUUACAGCCUCUCGAUCAGGGCGUGAUUCUUAGCCUGAAGCGCGCUUACCGCGGGAGGUUAAUUCAGCGGCUGCUUUUUAACACUGAAACCGGCCGAGACACGAAGGUGGACUUGUACGUGGCACUGCAGAUUAUGUCUGCUGCCUGGAGCACACUGGGGCGCUCAGUAAUUGUGAACUGUUUCAGGCACGCCGGAUUUGCCGAAGGUCGACCCGUACACUCUGCUGGCCUAACACCAGGCGUUACAGACGACGACGAAGAGGCGUCACCGGCUCCGGGGAUCGCGGCCGCCUGGAAAACGCUGGGAGAAAUAGGAACCGUGCCGCCUAAUCUCGAGCUCGACGAAUACAUCGGCGCUGACGCUUGUGUUGUUGUUCACGAAGAUGUGAGUGAUGAGCAGAUCAUAAAAGCUGCCCGGAAUGAUAAGGACUCUUCCGAUGAAGAAGACGACGACGUACAGGAAGCGCCGGCUGCGGCAACCGCCGUACAGGUGAUGGACGCUUUUGAUGUCAUCAGGAAUUUCGUUGCUGUCCGAGACGACGAUGUUGCAAUGGGUUUGCUGACCGAGUGCGAAAAUCGCGUGACGGCGUUGCUCGCCGUGAAGCGUAAGCAAACCAAGCUUACAGAUUUUUGGCAUUAAACGCCUUUGCUGCUGCUUGGGCAAUUCUU